AUGCCGAGAUCGCGGAUAAAUGGAAAUUUUAUUGAUAAGACCUUUUCAAUUGUAGCCAAUAUCUUAUUACGAAUAAUUCCGACAACUUCAGGAGAAAAAGAGGCAUUUACCUAUUACAGAGAUGGUAUGUCGGCUCAAUCCGAAGGAAAUUAUGCGGAAGCUUUACAGAAUUAUUAUGAAGCUAUGCGAUUAGAAAUUGAUCCCUAUGAUCGAAGUUAUAUACUCUAUAAUAUAGGUCUUAUCCACACAAGUAAUGGAGAACAUACGAAAGCUUUGGAAUAUUAUUUUCGAGCACUAGAACGAAAUCCAUUCUUACCACAAGCUUGUAAUAAUAUGGCCGUGAUCUGUCAUUACCGGGGAGAACAGGCCAUUCAACAAGGAGAUUCUGAACUUGCGGAGACUUGGUUCGAUCAAGCCGCUGAGUAUUGGAAACAGGCUAUAGCGCUUACUCCCGGUAAUUAUAUUGAAGCGCAUAAUUGGUUGAAGAUCACGGGGCGUUUCGAAUAA